GCGCGCGGGGCAUUGUGGGCCGAGGGGCGGGGGUUGGGAAGAUGGCGGCUCCCAGCCUCCUCAACUGGAGGCGGGUUUCCUCCUUCACCGGGCCGGUGCCCCGCGCCCGGCACGGACACCGAGCGGUGGCCAUCCGGGAACUGAUGAUCAUCUUCGGCGGGGGCAACGAGGGCAUCGCGGACGAGCUGCACGUCUACAACACCGUUACCAAUCAGUGGUUCCUACCAGCUGUCCGAGGAGACAUCCCCCCAGGCUGCGCGGCCCACGGUUUUGUCUGUGACGGUACUAGAAUCCUAGUAUUUGGGGGAAUGGUUGAAUAUGGAAGAUACAGCAAUGAGUUGUAUGAAUUACAAGCAAGUCGUUGGUUAUGGAAAAAAGUGAAACCCCAGCCCCCUCCUUCCGGUUUACCUCCUUGUCCUCGGCUUGGACAUAGCUUCUCUUUAUAUGGUAACAAAUGCUAUUUGUUUGCUGGUUUGGCAAAUGAAAGUGAAGAUUCAAAUAAUAAUGUCCCCAGGUAUCUCAAUGAUUUCUAUGAGUUGGAGCUGCAGCAUGGCUCUGGUGUUGUGGGCUGGAGCGUUCCAGCCACCAAAGGCACCGUGCCUUCUCCACGGGAAUCCCACACUGCUGUUAUAUACUGUAAAAGAGACUCUGGGAGUCCUAAGAUGUAUGUCUUUGGUGGGAUGUGCGGUGCUCGUCUGGAUGACCUAUGGCAGCUUGACUUAGAAACUAUGUCGUGGUCAAAACCAGAAACUAAAGGGACAGUACCACUCCCACGAAGCCUUCACACAGCCAGUGUUAUAGGAAACAAGAUGUACAUUUUUGGUGGAUGGGUUCCACAUAAAGGUGAAAACACUGAGAAUUCUCCCCAUGAUUGUGAGUGGAGGUGCACCAGCUCGUUUUCGUACCUAAAUCUAGAUACAGCAGAGUGGACUACUCUGGUGUCAGAUUCCCAGGAAGAUAAAAAAAACUCAAGGCCAAGACCGAGAGCAGGACACUGUGCCGUUGCGAUCGGCACUCGACUGUACUUCUGGAGUGGAAGAGACGGCUACAAAAAAGCCCUUAACAGUCAGGUGUGCUGCAAGGACCUGUGGUAUCUUGAUACCGAGAAACCUCCAGCACCAUCACAAGUCCAGUUAAUCAAAGCUACUACCAACUCCUUCCAUGUCAAGUGGGAUGAAGUGCCUACGGUCGAGGGCUAUCUUCUGCAGUUGAACACUGACCUGACGCACCAAGCUGCAUUGCCUGAUGCUUCAGCAGCACCAAAUACGCUAGGAGGCAGGACGGACCCUCACAGACAAGGCAGUAAUAGCAUCCUUCAUAACAGUGUUAGUGAUCCAGCAAACUGUACAAAACCUGAACACACGGCUGUGGCUGCAAGAGGAAUGUCACUGAAGAGCAAACCAGACUCAAGAGCAGCAGACUCCAGUGCUGCUUUGCACUCGCCAUUGGCGCCUAACGCGUCCAACAACAACAGCUGUAUGGCGGACAUGCUGUGGAAGAGCGAAGUUGACGAAAUAUGUGCUCUGCCUGCAACUAAGAUCAGCCGUGUAGAGGCACAUGCUGCAGCAACACCAUUUUCUAAAGAGACACCUUCAAAUCCAGUGGCCAUUUUGAAAGCAGAGCAAUGGUGUGAUGUGGGGAUUUUUAAAAACAAUACAGCUUUGGUGAGCCAAUUUUAUUUGCUACCAAAAGGAAAACAAAGUAUGUCAAAGGUAGGAAAUGCAGACGUACCCGACUACAGUUUGCUUAAGAAACAGGACCUUGUUCCAGGAACAGUCUAUAAAUUCAGGGUUGCUGCAAUCAAUGGUUGUGGAAUAGGCCCUUUCAGUAAACUCAGUGAAUUUAAAACAUGUAUCCCUGGUUUCCCUGGAGCUCCUUCUACAGUCCGCAUUUCUAAGAAUGUUGAAGGUAUCCACCUUUCCUGGGAGCCUCCAACGUCACCCUCUGGAAAUAUUCUGGAAUACUCAGCUUACUUGGCUAUCCGCACAGCACAGGUGCAAGACAAUCCCAGCCAACUCGUGUUCAUGAGGAUCUACUGCGGUCUGAAGACCUCGUGCAUAGUGACUGCUGGACAGCUGGCAAAUGCACACAUUGAUUACACGUCCAGACCUGCCAUUGUGUUCAGAAUAUCAGCAAAGAAUGAGAAGGGCUACGGACCCGCCACGCAAGUCCGAUGGCUUCAAGGUAACAGUAAGAAAGCCCCUUUGAGUUGAGUUGUUUUUACUAAAGCUGUUGUAAUCGUUAUUUAUUAGAAACUGUUAUAAACAUCUGUUCUUUGAGAGUAUUCCCUGACUGUACUUCUAGCAGUUAUGAAUUUGAGUUUGUAAGUUGUUCUUAAAAUGUAUUUGCUCACUUCUAGAUCCAAAUAAAGAUAGAAAGAAGCAAAGACUGAAAA